AUGGAUUUCAUGCGAGCCAACGGCUGCGAACAAAGGCGCAAAAGAAACAGCAGCAGCAGCAGCUGCAGCAGCUGCAGCAGCAAAAGGAACGGCGACAUCUGCAGCACGAAUAGCUGCAGCAACUGCGGCGGCGACAACCAUGGGAACUGCAGCAGCUGCAGCAGCUGCAGCGGCGAAGCUGAUUCAACUAAAAGCGCCAGCUCGGAUAAAGAAAACAAAGAAGACAAAAUUAAAAGCUUUUCCAGCAGCAGCAGCAGCAGCAGCAGCAAUGAAGACAUGUGGGGCGACGUUUUCGCGCCGCUGCCAGCGGCGCUUUCCCCGCUGCACAGCUACGGGGCCCUUUCCGUGCUGCAGACCAGCAGCAGCAGCAGCAGCAGCAGCAAAAGAAACAAAAAUGGAAAAGGAGGGAAAGAAGCACUUAAUGGAGAUGCAGAAAAGCAGCACACAGACACCCUGGGCUGCGCGCUGCGGUGUCUGUACACCUGCUUGUCCGUCGCCGCCCGCCUGCUGGUUGGUUUUGCUUUAAUUGUUUUUUUCCUCUUCGCCUUUUCUUGGGACUUCUGA